AUGGCUGAGGGCAAUCAUACCCAGGUGACAGAGUUCAUUUUCUUGGGCUUCACAGAUAAUCCACGCCUAGAAAUGGCUCUCUUUGUGGUCUUUCUUUUCAUCUACCUGGCAGAUGUGGUAGGAAAUGUGGGCAUGAUCCUCCUGAUCACCGUAGAUGAGCAACUCCACACACCCAUGUAUUUCUUCCUUUGCCACCUCUCCUUAGUGGAUCUGGGCUACUCUACUGCCAUUGCCCCACGUAUGCUGGCUGACUUCUUACGCCAGCGAAAAACUAUCUCCUUCUCCAACUGUGCCACACAGUUUGCAUUUUUUGUAGGCUUUGUGGAUGCUGAAUGCUAUGUCUUGGCUGCCAUGGCAUAUGACCGCUAUGUGGCCAUCUGCCGUCCUCUCCAUUAUACCACAGUCAUGUCAAAGCAGGUUUGUCUGGUACUGGCUAUUGGUUCCUACGUAGCAGGUCUAAUAAGCCUGGUGUCCCAUACCAGCCUGACUUUCAGCUUAGAUUACUGUGGCUCCAAUAUCAUCAAUCAUUUCUUCUGUGAGAUCCCCCCACUCCUAGCAUUGUCUUGCUCUGACACCUACAUGAGUGAGAUCCUCCUCUUCAGCCUCUGUGGCUUCAUCGAGUUCAGCACCAUCCUUAUCAUCCUUAUCUCCUAUCUCUUCAUCUUUGCUGCCAUCAUGAGGAUCCGCUCUGCUGAGGGCAGACGUAAGGCCUUCUCUACAUGUGCUUCCCACCUCACUGGAGUCACCCUCUUUUAUGGGACAGUUAUGUUUAUGUAUCUGAGGCCGACAUCCAGUUACUCAUUAGAUCAGGACAAAUGGGCCUCUGUGUUCUACACGGUUGUGAUUCCUAUGCUCAAUCCUCUAAUCUACAGCCUUAGGAACAAAGAUGUGAAGGAAGCUUUUAGAAGAGUUAUGCAGUCACUGAGAUGA